AAAUAAUUUUCAACAAUAUAUCAUAAUGAAUAUCCACAAGCUGUUCGACUACAAAGAGUACGUGAAUGUGAACGGUAUGAUGUUUACUGACGAGCUGAUAUGUUUGCUACAGAAUUCUUUAACUCUAUUGCAAGUGGAGAACCACUUCAUAAACAUGCAAUACUGGGGCCAAAUAUACGCCGUAGACACUGACUACCACAUCGCCGUGGGCAUCAACGCAGACGCCGUGGCCGACAGAAAAUAUUUUUACACCACAGACUUCAAAUUCUGGGGCCUGUUACCCAAAGCGAAAAAGAAGUACAAGCAAUUAUCUCUACUCACCACAUUCCCAUUCAGAGGCGAACCGGCUUUGAAGAUAAAAGUGUUAGACGAAGCGUUAGAUGAGAAUCACCCUGACAGGUGCACGAUCAUGAAAGAGGAAAGUCGCUUAGCUGCUACUAUCAGCAACAUUUCUGAGGAAUCCGAAGUAUGUGCUCGAGGACAGCUGAUCAAGCAGCCGAGUGGCACAGUCGUUCUGAACCCGAAUUUCUACGGUCUGACAGCGACAGAAGCAAAGCAGCUGAAGUCUUACCUCCACAUCAGACCAGCUCAACAUCGCUGGAACACAAACUUGCUCACAAGACAAGACUACAAUUACAGCAUGGAUUUUCUCGAUUCUAUAGAUCAGGAUAUUCCAAGCGGCUGUUGGAAUCUCUCUAUAGAACAAUCGGGAUCAAUCGCGUAUUUGAAAAGUCUGUACUGGCCUGGAAUGAUGUAUUUUCAUAAAGUUAAAACAGCUGACGCUGGUUUCCUCUAUAUAGGGAACGGACGUAAAAAUUUAGAUGUACCUUUUCUACUUUAAUUUGUUUAUGUUUCAAUGUUUAUUGUUGUCCAUUAUUAUG